UAUAAAGACAAGGAGCGUCUGGGCAGAAUUCGAACCAACCCUGUCAGCCAAAAAAGGAAAGCGUCGGUCGCGCCGCGCGCAAACGACGCGUCGCGUCGCGGUCACGCACGCAGUCCGUUUAAUCCGCCAAACAACGCCCAACAGCCUCCCCACAAACAUAUAAAUACGGCUGCCCACACCGCCCUGUCUCCCCAUCUCGCCCUCGAGCGCCCCUCUCAGCGCCCUCGUCCUCCAUCCCCCCUUUUGAUAAUAUCAACCAUGUUCACCUUCGGUGCCCUCCUCGUUGCGGGCGCACUCUCCCUCGCCCCCAAGUCGUACAUCUACUGUCGACUGAGCGGCGAGGGAGGCCUCGCUGCCCACGCCCUCUUUGGCAGUAACCCUCCUUGCCCCCUCAUCAUCGACAAGGUCGAGUCGUUCAUCGACCAUGUCUCCAACUCCUUCAGUGGCAUCGGGGACAAGCUCUCAAACGUUGUCGGAGGAUCGGUGGUGGGCAACAUCGGGUCUGGUAUGGCAGGGUUCGUGUACGACACUACCCAACGCCUUAUCCCGAUCACAUCGGACGUGUUCGACAACGCUCCAACCUUUUCCUCCUUCACCUUCUUCAACGACCCCGGCGACCCAUACCUCGCGCAGCUGGCGGACAUCAAGGAAGACGUACGGAAGUGGAGCAAGACCAAGGAUCUCAUCGCGGCACCUACCUUCGAUCUCGCGCAAUGGACUACGGAUUUGAUCGUGCGGCCUCCAGGGGACAUCGUCGUCUGGGUCCCUCCCAACACCUGCCUCCUGGCCGAGCGACCGCGGACGCAUUCGCAGCCAUCGCCCGAGACCGUCAUUAUACUGCCUGCUUCGGACUGGACGCCUGAGACACCGUACGUGGUCAAGCCUGCGCGUACGGUUGUCGGAGGCUUCCAGGAUCACCAUCACCUUGGCUCACGUCGAGCUAUCCACGCCCUCGUCGUGUUCUACACGCUCGUCAUCGCCUACGUCGCCGUCGCUACCCUCGAGCCGGUUCGGACGGCAUGGCGCACGACACCCAUCGGCCAUCUUGGCCUGCAAGCUGUUCUGGGAUUCGUGGGGCAGACUCUGUACUGGUCUAUGUUCUUCGUGACCUCGCUCACGGGCAUACCGUCCGACUUGGACGUUCAGGGCGCGUCGGGUGCCAUCCGGAAGGUCGGUCCUAAGCCUCGCAUGGCUCGGGCGUUCCCCAAGGACCACGCGCUCAUCGGUGGUCCUCGCCCGCUCGUCGCAUACGACCUCGCGACCUACACGCCCACCGCACCUCUGGCUCUUCGUCCCUUGCUUGUCAUCUUCCAAGACGGCCCGGUACCCACCCCGCUUGCGCUGCCCCGCUCUGCCACGCGCCCGCGUACGUUCAGCGCGAUGACCUUCAUGGAGGCCCGCCCCGCUCCUUCGAGCGGGCCUUACACGAACGUCUCGCUCAUCGAGGACGAGGGUCCGUGUCCUACCACGAUGAGCUUCUGCAAGCGCUUCCUGCGCCGCCAGCACCCUGGCCUGAACCUUUUUGGCCUCCGGGAGCGCCGAGUGCGCCGCCACGCCGAGCUGCGUGCUCUCCGGGACGAGAUGGGUGAGGACGUCGCCCUCCGUCACGCGCAGGAGGGGCGGAAGAUCCUCCAGGAGAACCUUCGGUCGAUGUGGGCUACCGGUGGACAGAGGUGAGUGGCUCCCGGGUUGGCUAAUGCAAUCCAUACUGAUGUCGUUGCAGCGUCCACCUGUAGAACCCGCGCAGCAGACGCACGCCGCGCUCUGCUCAUCAACGCGUC